CACUGAGGUUGCCAGUUAACGGCAGUACGCUUAGAAUCCAAAACGCGAAAUUCAAUUAACGAAAAUGCUUAGCAGAAAAAUAAUUUGGGGAUUUUUGGUAAUCUGUCUCAUCUCUGUAUGCAGUGCCAAAAGUGUAGAUCAUCCACAUCUUAAAGCCAGUAGUAAGGCCAAAAAGCGAUUUCAUUCUGAUGAAUUGGAUAGUGAUUAUUGGUUCGAUAAUGCACAAGAAUAUAUCAGCAAUAAAUUGGAUGCAGUUUCACAUUUCAACACAAAUCGUGCUAAAAACAUUAUACUCUUCUUAGGCGAUGGCAUGUCAUUACACACUGUUACAGCAGCCAGAUCUUAUAUAGAUGAUGCUUCACAUAAGCUGUCAUUUGAGGAGUUUCCCUAUUUUGGUCUCUCAAAAACCUUUUGCAUUGAUAAACAGGUGCCAGAUUCUGCCUCAACUUCUACUGCUUACCUGAGCGCUGUAAAAGCCAACUACGGUACAAUAGGUGUGAAUGCGCAAGUAACACGUAGAGACUGUGAAUUAGGACAAGAUGAGUCGUAUCACACAGAAAGUAUUGCCAAAUGGGCACAAGAUGCCAACAAAUGGACUGGUCUAGUGACAACAGCGCGUGUAACGCAUGCUUCACCAGCUGGUGUAUAUGCGCAUACUGCUAACCGUGAAUGGGAAAACGAUGCUAAGAUCAUGGAAGACGAAUGUGAUCCCACUGAUAAUGUGGAUAUUGCACGUCAAUUAGUUGAGUGGGAAGUCGGUCGCAAUUUGCGCGUUAUAAUGGGUGGCGGACGUCGUAAUUUCAUUAACGAAACUGAAUUAGAUGAGUCUGAUAUAGAAGGACGUCGCACAGAUGGCCGAAAUUUGAUUGAAGAAUGGUUAACGGAAAAGAAGGAACGUAAUGUUCGUGGUGAAUAUGUUUGGCACAAACAGGAUUUAUUAGCAACUGAUUUGUCUAAAGUUGAUUAUUUAUUGGGAUUAUUCAGUUCAUCACAUUGUCCAUAUCAUGGCGAUUUGGAACGUGAGGGUUUAGAAGACGAAGUACCGUCAUUGAGCGAAAUGACUGAAGCUGCUAUUGAAAUGCUUAGUCAUAGCAAAGAUGGUUACUUUUUAUUCGUUGAAGGUGCGAAAAUUGAUAUGGCACAUCAUGAUACACGCGCUAGAAGAAGUAUGGAAGAGACUGAAGAGUUUGCAAAGGCCGUUGAGGUAGCACUUAGUAUGACCAAUGAGAAAGAUACUCUUAUUGUAGUAACUUCAGAUCAUUCACAUACUAUGACUAUUAGUGGCUAUCCGGAUCGUGAUGACGAUAUUUUGGGUUUGAAUAGUGAAAACGCUGCAGAUGACUUACCAUACAAUAUACUUUCUUACGCUAAUGGUCCUGGUUAUGAGAAGACAUAUUCUAAGAAUGGCCGCAAAGAUUUAAGUGAUAAGGACUUUACUAAUCCUACACGUAAAUAUAUGGCAACGGCACCACUAGAGAGUGAAACACAUGGUGCAGAUGAUGUAGGUAUCUUUGCGAAAGGCCCAUAUGCUCAUUACUUUAGCGGAAAUUAUGUACAAACUAAUAUACCAAUGUUAAUGGCUAAAGCAGCUGAUAUUGGACCCUUUGGAAGUAACUACAAGAAGCGGAAUAUAAAGAAAUAACAUAGUUAUGGGAUCAGUGAUAGUCGAUCAGUGAUUAAAUAACUGCUAGUUUUUAUACUAGCGAUGUGAUAAAAUAAAGUUGAAAUAAUAUUAUGAUUUAUUUGUUAUUUA